CUUCCCUUUCUCUUUCCCCUUCGAACCCAAGCAUGCUGGAGAAAUUGAUUGAUGAAGAUGAAGAAGGCAAGGCAGCCGUUGGGUUUUUGCAGGUGGAUGAAGAUGAAGAAGGCAAGGCAGCCGUUGGGUUUUUGCAGGUGGAUGAAGAUGAAGAAGGCAUAGGUGCUGGGUUCGAUUUCGAACCUAGCAUCAAACCCAGCAGCCACUGGGUUCCUGCGGCCGCUGGGUUCCUGCAGGUGCUGGGUUCGAAGGUGCUGGGUUUGAUUUCGAACCCAGCAAGCACUGGGUUUCGUUUCGAACCCAACAACCGUUGGGUCAAUGGAUCUGUUGAGUUCCAUUUGUUUAUCGAUCUGUUGUAUGUUGGGUUCUGUUUCAAACUCAGCAGUUGUGCUGAAUUCGAUUUCAAACCUACUAAGCAUUGGGUUUUGUUUCCAACCCAACUGCAGUUGGAUCGAAGGAUCUAUUGAUUUCUAUCUAUUGGUUUAUUGUGUUAUUCUUGAAUUUAAUAUUAGGAAAUGUUAGGGUUUGCAGAAGGUGAAAGGAAAGAGAGAGGAAGAAGAAAGGGAAAAAAGAAAAACAAAAAAACAAAAACAAAAAAAGAAAAAGAAAUUUUUUAA